AUGUCCGACACGAUCUCUGUUGCGUCCCCGGCCGAUUUCCAUGUCCAUCUUCGUCAGGGAGAGUUCGCUGGAUUUCUCGCCAAGCAUGUCAAGAAAGGAGGGUUUAGGUUGGCGUAUGUCAUGCCAAAUCUGAAGCCCCCCGUCAUGAAUACGGAAGAAGCCCUAUUGUACAAAGCCCAAUUGCAAGCCGUUGAUCCCACAGUCGAGUACCUGAUGACGCUCUACCUUUCUCCUGGACUCACUCCGGAUGAAAUCCGAAAAGCAAGACAUGCCGGCAUAGUUGGUGUAAAAUCCUAUCCUCGGGGGGUAACAACUAACUCGGAAGGAGGAAUUGAGUCUUACGAGGCGUAUUAUCCCCUCUUCGCAGCGAUGGAAAAGGAAGGCAUGGUGCUCAAUCUGCAUGGCGAGGUUCCCUCCGAUCCGGCCAGCAAUACCUGCGUGAUUAACGCAGAAGUCGCCUUCCUCCCUCAUCUUCAGAAAUUGCAUGCGCGCUUCCCGCGCCUCCGGAUCGUGCUCGAACACGCCACCACCCGUGCGGCGGUGGAACUUGUCAAGAGCCUGGGCGACACGGUCGCAUGCACCAUAACAGCCCAUCACCUAGCACUUAUCGUAGACGACUGGGCUGGCCAGUCAUUCAACUUCUGCAAACCCGUCGCUAAAUAUCCCGACGACAGACAGGCCCUGCGAGACGCGGUGAGAGAAGGACAUCCUCGCUUUUUCCUUGGGUCCGACUCCGCACCACAUCCGCCACACACUAAAUCCACUGCAACUCCCACGCAUGCAUGUGCCGCCGGCGUUUAUACCUCCGCCAUCCUCCUGCCUCUGGUUGCGCACCUGCUUGAUUCCUUUGGGGCACUAGACCGCCUGGAAGGUUUUGUUAGCACGAAUGGAAGGGCCUUCUACGGUGUUCCAGCUCGCGCUGACAAAGAUAGGAUCACGCUGAAGCGUGUGCAGGGCAGACUAGUGCCAGAAAGUUGGGAAGAAGGUGGACAGAGCGUCGUUCCAUUCUGGGCAGGCAAGGAGCUCAACUGGGAGAUUGUCCACGACGAACAGUGAGGAACCAUAUCGAGAAGGAGACGAUGAAGGUUGCUUGAAGGUGAAGCCAUUGUACGAUAGCGCGCAAGACGAAUGUUCAUGCGGCUCGCACGUUUCGGGGCGAAUUGAUCGGACAUGAUAACGAAGAAUCAGAUUUUUGGACUAGCGGCAACAUGUCGCGCAGAGCCGUAUUUCAACAGCGGUUGAAUGAUCGUUAUUUUCGUGCUGUAGUGCUGUUAGUCAUAGCCUGAUGCAAGCACUGCGCAGAAUCAGAGGAUUAAUCCAGGAGUUUGGUGGGUCGCACAGCCGG